AACCUUAAAAUGGUUGGAUGAUCAAAUUGGGAAUCGAUCACAUCUGUACUGAACCGAAGCACAUUGACUAAGAAAAACUCGUUAGAGAAGCAGAAAAGAAAGCCGUGCUUCUCAAACAUGAAGAAGCAAAGCAUCCCUUAUUCACUGAGAAAGCAUUCCCACUGUAAACUCUUACUGCCUCUAUUUCAGUAUGAUGGACCCACUUGAAGUAGUACAAUCUCGUGUAAAAAGAAGAGAAUUAAUGGUUUCAAGCAUUUUUUACAAGUAUAAAUUUGAAGUUUACCAUUUGUAUCCGGUUCCCUUUAACGCCUCUAUGUCAACUUUCUUCAGAAGUCACUGAAUUAGAAAAUGAAAUUAAUUAAUAUAAAUGUGUGUUAAACAUAAGAAAUGGAAAACUAGCAAAUCAUCCCGAACUGUUUCUUAAAUAAAGAGGUGGCAGCAGAGAAGCUGAUGAGAAGAUAAAUCCUAUUUAUGGGUGAGAUCAGUCCUGGUAGGAGGAACCUGCCUUCAAAAGAUUGCUUACCUAUAAGUAAAGCAACCUGAACCAUACAGCCUGAAUACCAUCAGACUGGUGUGAAGAUAUAUAAAUGUACAACACACUUUUCAGUUCAAAAACCUGCGUACAUUGAUUCCUUCCAUUAUGCAUGCAUUAUGUUCUACUUUGUUUAUCACAAAAACACUUAACAUUGAGGUUGCAAUGUAACAAUAUGUGACAACAGGCUUAAGGAAGGAAAACUUUUCAGCAAAACGCUGAACACUGAAUUUUUCUAGUAAAGUCUGACAAUCAGAGGUGCGGUUCUGGCAAGAAACUGUCAAAUGUACCAUAUUUUGUUUCCCAUGCUCAGUUUCUGGAGAAGAGUACUCAAAUAUAGAUCCAUUAAGCUUUGAUCUACAGAUAUAAAGGUUUGAUCAUUAUAUGUUUUUUUUUGUUUGUAAUGAUGUAAUCAGAGAAAAAAAAAUGUCUGCAAAUUCUGGUGAUAAAUUAAUAAAAGUAUAUCUUCUUAUAACAUUAACAAUGAGUAUGUAAACAUACAUAGACAGCAAAUUAAACCUGACCUGAAAAUGAGGUUAGAAAUUUGUCAUGGUAACGCUUCAGUAUGUGACAAUUUACAACAACAUAGCAAAUAAAACACUGACCACAUGUUAUGUUGGGGCGCUGGGUGUCAGCUGAUCCUACUCUGCUGGCGAGUGAGGAGGAAAAAAUCCUCUGAAGGAAAACAGUGGUAGCUAGGUAGGCGAACCAUGGCUGCAGAAAUUCAUUCGAGGCCCCAGACCUCCAGACCAGUCCUCCUGAACAAGAUCGAGGGACACUCGGACGCGGUUAACGCGGCCGUUUUAAUCCCGAAGGAGGAUGGAGUGAUCACGGUCAGCGAGGACAGAACCAUCCGAGUGUGGCUGAAAAGGGACAGUGGUCAGUACUGGCCAAGCAUCUACCACACAGUGUCCUCUCCUUGCUCUUGCAUGUCAUACCACCAUGACAGCAGACGCAUCUUCAUUGGUCAGGACAAUGGAGCAGUUGUGGAAUUUCUCAUCUCUGAAGAUUUCAACAAAAUGAACCACGUUAAAACAUACCCAGCCCACCAGAACCGUGUGUCAGGUAUGGUAUUCUCCCUGGAGAGCGAGUGGGUGGUGAGCACAGGCCAUGACAAGAGCGUCAGCUGGAUGUGCACCCAGAGCGGCAGCAUGUUGGGGAGACACUACUUCACCUCAUGGGCCUCCUGCCUACAAUACGAUCACGAGACGCAGCACGCCUUCAUCGGUGAUUACUCCGGACAGAUCACUUUGCUGAAAUUGGAGAAGCAGACGUACUCCACUAUCACAACUCUGAAGGGCCACGAAGGUAGUAUAGGAUCCUUGUGGUGGGACCCUGUCCAGCGGCUGCUUUUUUCAGGGGCCUCAGACCACAGCAUCAUCAUGUGGGACAUCGGGGGCCGCAAGGGACGGACACUUCUCCUGCAGGGACAUCAUGAGCGCGUGCAGGCGCUGCGUUAUCUCCAGUUCACAAGGCAGCUGCUGUCGUGCUCAGCCGAUGGAGGCAUUGCAGUGUGGAACAUGGACACACAGAGAGAGGAGGCGCCUCAGUGGUUAGACAGUGACUCCUGUCAGAAAUGUGAGCAGCCUUUUUUCUGGAACAUCAAGCAGAUGUGGGACACAAAGACCUUGGGACUCAGACAGCACCACUGCAGGAAAUGUGGGAAGGCUGUGUGUGGGAAAUGCAGCUCGAAACGCUCCACCUUCCCGAUCAUGGGCUUUGAGUUCCCGGUGCGAGUGUGCGACGCCUGCUUCGAUACCAUCAAAGAAGAAGACCGAACACCGUUGGCCACGUUCCACGAGGGGAAACACAACAUCGCCCACAUGGACAUGGACCCAUCCAGAGGCCUGAUGGUCACUUGUGGAAGCGACCGCAUUGUUAAGAUCUGGGACAUGACACAGGUGGUUGGCAGUAGCUUAGCAACAGGUUUUUCCCCUCGCUGAUUGGCCCAGCCCUCUACAUGGUACCCUCGCCUGCCUCAAGCCCUCCCCCACGCUCUCAGUGUCAUGGAAACCCCUCUGUACAACCCACCUCGCCUUCACGCCUGGGGUCCGCCGCUCCAGCCAGGCCUGCUCUGGGUGAACGUGUGUGAGCCCCUCCACAUCUCUUCGUCUUCUUGCAACAUAUUUUGCUACCUGUCAGUCUGACUGAUUCAGACUGUUGCUCUGAUCUCAAACUGAACCCUAAGCACAAUGAAAGAUGGAUGUGUGUGCGCGUGCAUGUGUGUUCUGUUUUCUUCUGGGGGAGGAACGGUAUUGCUUUAGUGUUUACACUGAAUAUAUUGAUCCUUUUUUCUUUUUUUGGGGGAUAAAAGUAUUUUUUUUAUUAUUAUGAUGGCACCAUAAAGCUAGUGUUCACCAUUGCAGACCUGCCAUAGCUGUAAAUAUGAGCUCCCGCUACCUGCUUAAUCCCAGGCUACUUUACAGAAAUAUUCACCUGUAAAUUCUUCUCCUUUCUGCGUAUAGUGGAUGCUUAAAAUGUUUUCUGAUUUCUUUUUCACUAGCUGGCCUUAAGUCACUAUCUCAGGAGCUUUUCCCAUCAGUAAAUUGUCACCGGUUGGACUUGGAUGGUGUCAGUCGUAAUGGUUCCUAAACUUUAAUCUGAAGAAAGUUACUAAAACGGCCUCCUGAUGGGUUAAGGGUCGUCGGUGAUGUAGUUGUCAGAUGUUUGCUAGGCAGCAGCUAACCCACCCUCCACCUUUUGGGAGGUGAUGAUUGGUUUCUGUAGUAACCAGCAAAGUCAGCAGCAGCAUUGGAUUGCAGGUAUGCACUCAAGCUUGUGGGGUUACCUUUAGAGAUCAUGAUUUCUCAGUUUUAGGAUGUUAAAGUGCAAAUUUUUCUCACAGGUGGAGGUGAAUCAGACAAACAGCGAAUUGAGGUUGUGGAUGAGUUGGCCAGACUAACUGCAUCCCCAGCUGCUGAGAUGUUGACUUGUUCCUGGUCACAUCUAGAUUCCUGUAAAGGCCUUAAAAAUAAAGAUGACCCACUAAAAGCCUUCUGAGCAGUUCUUCAGCUCGUACGACUGUUCAUUUUCACCAUCCCUACUCAGUUGUUCCCUCCUCACACACAUUUGUGCAUCAGAGAUGUCUCUUUGCACUGAAUUGAACAAGUCAAUCUUUGUGAUCCACCCCAUUUGUACGUUUGGAUGCAGGAGUGCAGUUUUCCUGUGAAUAGCAGCUGGAAUCAUCUAAUUUCAGACUAAAACUUGCCUUAUUUGUAAGUGGAAGACGAUAAGAAACAUUCUGCUGGAGUGGAUUCAUAUUCUAGUUUUUGGGAUCGGUGGUGUAUAUUUAUAUUUUCAGUAAAAUAUAAUAUGUGUAUCCUCUGUAGGUUUUUGUUUUCUGUGCCCACAUGACAUCUUGAUUCCCAUGUAACGCGUUAAAACCGGUUCCUCCCUCACUUCCAAAGCGCAUCAUGCAGACUUGGUGUAAAGAUGAGCCUGGUCAUCAAAUCCUGUCAGCUGUUUCAUGUGAACGUGGAUGGGAUGGUUUUGUUAAUAAAGUGACAGCAGAAGCUUGAUCAGUUAAUGCUUAGGUGUUUCAUGGUAUUAUUGAGUUAUCCUGACACUACCGUGUUUUUUUUUUUUGUUUGUUUGUUUGAUUUGUUCUUUCACUUUUAUUUUUUUAAAUGUGAACAAACUUCCAGAUCAUCUGUAUGUCUUUCAUACCAUUGGUGGAAAUUGGGUUUUGAGGAUGAGACGUGUCUUAAAACUAAUUUGCAUGAUGUAUUUAUUAUUGUAGCCACUGUUGAUAGUAAAGUGGCAGGUACCAAUUUUAAUACAGUCUAAAAUUGACAAGAUUAUAUUUUUCUUCUUCUUCCUUGAGCAUACUAAUGGCCAAAUUUUUCCUCAAAGCUAAAGUAGGUAGUAUCUUAUCUGUUGGUUUAUUCAUUUAAUAUAAAUCCAAAUCAGAUGGUCCUGGUUAAAACUAAUGGCUUGUUCAAGAGUUUAUGACAUCAAACAUCUUUAAAUAUUAUCUCAAAAACACCUGUUUUUAAUGUUUGCUUUAAUGAUGAUCGGAUCAUCAUUAAAAGGUUCAUGGAGGUAGAAACUCCAAUGAUGUUCCUGUUUGAAACAGAUUCAGACAAGUAGUUUAUCUGUCACUGAUCAGAGUCAGUGACAGACAAAAUAAAAUUCUGUAGCUAUAUGUUAUAUAUUCUUAUAUAGAACUGAAUUGUGUGUAAAACAUGACAUUCGGGGAAUUGGAGAUGUUUUGAGAUGGUAGAAGUCUGGUCUUUGUUCCUCUCUGACUUGCCAUUAGCUUCAGCCUCUCAGAGCAACUAAUCUGAAUUAAGAUUAAAUGAGUGUGGCAAGAGAGUUGCACUCUGCAAGUAAGAUAUUAUUUAUUAAUAACAAGACCUCACUUCAAAGUUCUUCAGCUCCCCUUCAAAGGACACUGAAGACUUUCACCUGUUGAACCCUUUUAUCUGCCACAUGCUGAAGGGGAAUUGCAUUAGGUUUUCAUAAAGACAGCACUGUGCUACUCCAAAAAUAUAUAUAUAUACAAAUAUAUUUACAUAUAUAUUUAUACACCCACAGAACAAUCAGUGGAGUUUAUAAAUGGUGAACUUGUGGAUGUGAAGUUAAAGAAAGAACUCUAAAUGAUCCAUCUUUGAGUAGAAACUAAGAUCUACAGUUUAAUCUCUGCCUCACAUCAGUCAUUUCAUCCAUUAUUAAUCAUUGCAUUGACUGAGGUAGACUUAAAAUGCUCCUUCAUGUCUUAAAGACUUAAUGUGUCUUAAGCUCCUUCCACUCAUGCAGAAUCUGUAUUCAGAACUUGUGAAAGGAUCUGUUACCUCAUUUCAUGAAGCAUCAGAAGAGGCUCCUCAUAGAGCACAAUGAAGGAUCAUUAGCAAAGCUACGGUACAAUCUGGAGCCUGAAAAACCUUUCAGUCAUUACUUAUCGGGUCCUUGGCAGAUGUGUGGGAUGUUAAAGGAAUGAUAGAUGCUGAGAUUUGCUGUUUGCGGAAAUAGCUCAAGGAAUAGAUCUUGAGAUUGUGCGUCGCAGGAAGGAAGCAGUGGAUUUAGUCACGUUAUCACUAGUUUAUGACCUCUGUCACAUAAUGGAAGUCACCUCUCGCAUCAUCUUUAGCACAAGAAUAGUAUUAUUCUUUCUUUUUUUCCCUCCACAAUUCAUAAAAUGUAACAUAAUUCUCUCUUGAAGCUACUUGUAAUUGAUACUUGCCAUUCCAACAAGGUUGUGGUUAAUGUACAUCUGCAAAUAACUGUAUUUUUAAAUGCUUUUGUUGAUAUUUCAGAACUGACUUGGGUCUCCAUGUGCCCUGAAAGCAGAGCACUGAAGAGCAUAAACCACACUUAAUAAAGAUAUUUGAUAUGUUUGACUGCU